AAUUUUCUUCACAUAGGUAAUUGUUCUAAUAAGACGAAACAGUCCUAUCCAACUACCUAGCUUUCUACAGAGCUUUGCUGUAUUACAUUUAUAUUGCACAAGAGGUGCUCAUGAACUUGGUUUGGUGCAGCUGAAAGAGGAAUCUCUCAUGGAUGAGCAGCAAUUGUCACAGCUGGAGCUCCUCUGCCAGCAACUGUACGAGUCACAUGAGCCGGAGGUGCGGUUACAAGCAGAGAAGGCCCUCGUCGGGUUCACUGAGUCACAGGAAUCACUACCCCAAUGUCAGAUGGUCCUGGAGAGAUCACAGAGUGCGUAUGCUCUCCUGCUGGCCUCCUCCACUCUCACUAAACUGGUCACCAGAGCCACUAGCAAUGUCUCCAUUCAGGACAGGCUACAACUCAGGAACUAUGUGCUCCAGUAUCUUGGUAACAGGCUAGGCCUGACUGGGUUUGUCACUCAGGCCCUCAUUCAGCUGAUAGCUCGGAUCACCAAGCAUGGCUGGUUCGACGGAGACAAGAAAGUGUUUGUGUUCAGGGACAUCUUGGACGAAGCCGGAACGUUUCUUAGAGGCUCAGUGGACCACUGUGUAGUGGGUGUGCAGAUCCUUCACACGUUGGUGGUGGAGAUGAACCAGGUGGAGUCCAUGAGGUCACUCACCAACCAUCGCAAGGUGGCCUCCUCAUUCAAAGAUGAGUCUCUCUACGACAUCUUCACUCUCUCGUGCACGCUGCUAAGACAGAUCAAUGUCCACGACAAGACACAGGCUGUUCUGAUCAGCUGGCUGCUCAAACUAGCCUGUGCCUGUCUCUCGUUUGACUUCAUCGGCACUUCAACUGAUGAGUCAGCAGAUGACCUGGCAACAGUGCAGAUACCCACUGCCUGGAGAUCCACCUUCCUCGACUGUACUACACUGCAGCUCUUCUUCAACCUCUUCCACAGUCUCUCCUCAGAUCUGGCUCACAUGUCGAUCACGUGUCUCGUCCAGCUGGCAAGUGUGAGACGAUCUCUGUUCAACAAUGUUGAGAGAAGCACAUUCCUCGCACAACUAGUCAAGGGAGUGUGCAGUAUCCUGGAUCAGCCGCAGCCUCUGCAGACGUUGGCUGACCCAGAGUGCUACCACGAGUUUUGUAGGCUCCUCAUGAGACUCAAGUCAAACUACCAGCUGGUGGAGCUCAUGAAACUGGACAGCUACACCCGCUUCCUGGAGGUAGUUGCCAAGUUCACCCUCUCCAGCUUGCAGUCAUGGCAGUUCUCUGGCAACAGCAUCCAUUACCUCCUGGGGUUCUGGCAACGAAUGGUCGGCUCUGUGCCUUACAUCAGAAGCAGCGAACCACAUCAACUGGACACUUACGUACCCGAGUUGACUAAGACGUAUGUAACCUCGAGACUAGAGUCAGUGGAGACCGUUAUUGCCGACAGCCUCGACAAUCCCCUCGACGACCAGACCAUGGUCUCCCAGCAGCUGGAGCAAAUGGCCACGAUUGGUCGCUGCGAGUACAGCAAGACCUGUCAGGUCCUCAUGUCUCUAUUCGAUCAGACCGCCUCCUCUUAUCAGGAGAUCUUGGCCAACCCCAGCUCCGCUCCCUCACAGCAAAUGGCCCUCCGAGAAGGUCAGCUGGCAUGGUUAGUGUAUCUGAUUGGCUCUGUAAUUGGUGGACGGAUUUCACACAUGAGUGCAGACGAUUACGACUCCAUGGAUGGACAGCUAGUGUGCAGGGUGCUUCAACUGAUGAACCUUACGGACUCACAGCUUCCACAGCAUGGAAGUGAGAAUCUGGAUCAGUCAUUUCUCCACUUCUUUGAGCAAUUUCGAGUAGUGUACGUCGGAGAUGUCAUCUCAAAGACUUCAGGGGUGUACCAAGCACUAUCUGAGAGAUUGGGGCUAAACGAUGAGUCUAUGGUACUCAACGUCUUCGUCAAUAAAAUUGUGACCAACCUCAAAUUCUGGACUAGCAGUAAAACGAUUGUCACCAAGACUCUGCAGCUACUCACUGACCUUUCCAUCGGUUACGGCAGCGUGAGGAAGCUGGUGAAGCUGGAGUCAGUCAAGUUCAUAUUGGAGAACCACACACCGGAUCACUUCCCCUUCCUGAAUGUGGCCCACAGCAACCUGGACCUGGGCUGCCGAACUCUAUUCUAUGUGGCUCUGGCCAGACUGCUUCUUGUCGAGUUGGGAGAGAGUGAGGAGAAGUUUGAGCGGUUCAUCAGCCCCUUAAAUUCCGUAACGGAGCAGCUCCAAGCCAACUUUGUGCAACAAACAAUGUCAGAAGAUGAACUCAAACGUACCCUGGUGGCCCUGUGUAGGGACCUCACGGGAGUGGCUCGCUCCUUCACGAGCAAGACAAGUUACAUGAUGCUAUUCGACUGGGUUUAUCCCACGGUGACCACCAUUCUCCUGAAGGCACUGGAUGUGUGGUACUUCGACCCAUUUGUAACCUCCCCAGUACUGAGACUGAUCACUGAACUAGUGCUCAACAGAUCACAACGGCUGCAAUUUGAUGUGACCUCACCCAAUGGUGUGCUGCUGUUCAGAGAAGCCUCUAAAACCAUCACCAGUUUUGGAGAGCAUAUUCUCACCCUCACAGACAUUCCAGCCGACAAAAUCUACCCCCUAAAGCUAAAAGGCAUUUCCAUAUGUUUUGAGAUGCUAAAAGGAGCGCUGUGUGGCACCUAUGUCAACUUUGGUGUGUUCAGACUCUAUGGUGACGAUGCUUUAGACAAGGCCCUCAACACAUUCAUCAAACUCAUGGUCUCCAUACCUCUCAAGGACUUACUGGAGUACCCCAAACUAAGCAAGUGCUAUUACGACCUGUUGGAGGUGCUCACUCAAGACCACAUGGAGUUUGUGUCCACUCUAGAACCAGAGGUCUUCAUCUAUAUCCUCUCCACAAUCUCAGAGGGACUCACUGGCCUGAAUGCCAUGGUCUGUACAGGUUGUUGCAGCACUCUAGAUCACAUUCUUGCCUUCCUCUUCAAGAAACUAAGCAGCUCAAAGGGACCCAUCUCUCCCACGCAAAGAACGCCCUUUCUUAGAAUUCUAGAACUGCAUCCGGAAAUUCUCCAGCAGAUGCUGUCAUCGAUAAUGAAUAUAAUAAUGUUUGAAGAGUGUCGUAAUCAGUGGUCCAUGUCUCGUCCCCUCCUCGGUCUCAUUCUCCUCAAUGAAGAGUAUUUCAAGGAUCUCCGAGAACGUAUGGUUGCCUUGCAACCCGCUGAGAGACAGGAAGCCAUGAUGACCUGCUUCGAGAACCUGAUGGAGGGCAUCGAGAGAAACCUGCAAUCUAGAAAUAGGGACAAUUUCACCAAGAAUCUGUCAGUGUUUCGUCGCAACAUCAACAACUCGCUGAAAGGCGUUGUCUCCACCACUACUUCAGCAGCAGCCCCUCACUUUGAAAUGAUGGUUUGACAACAACUAACUCUUUCACAAACUUUCUCAUUUGUCUGAAUAAAUCACUUCUCAUUGAAGCAUUUUGUAUCUUCUGAUGGUGUGUAUGUUCUUUACUUAUUUUCUAUCUUAUAAACAAUUUGACAGGUACAUAU